CAGAGAAGAAGAAGUCGUUGUGCGGAAGUUUGUGAGGCAUCAUGUCGUGUUUGCAACGAAUGUUUCUAAAUGUUGGGAAGUUUUGUUUUUUCCUCCUCGGAGCUCAUGUAGAAUAUUGAACUCUGCUUAGGGAGUCUGAGCUCAGCACGCGUCUCUUUGUCCGUCCCUCGCUUGUAAAAGUUCUCGCGUGAUGUCCAAAGAAACGGGACGGACGCUCAAAGGCGGCGAGCCGAAGCAGCUGCCUAUCUAUCCGCACAAAAACAAGCUGGUCCAGGCGGUCAGACACAACCCCUUCCUCAUAGUCACCGGCGAGACGGGAAGCGGGAAGACCACACAGCUGCCGCAGUACCUGUAUCAGGCAGGCUAUUGUAAGGAUGGUAAGGUCGGCGUCACCCAGCCUCGCCGCGUGGCGGCCAUCACUGUGGCUCAGAGGGUCGCUCAGGAGAUGAAGUGCACGCUGGGCAGAGAGGUUGGAUACCAAGUGCGGUUUGAUGACUGCACGUCCCAGGACACGGUGGUGAAGUACAUGACGGAUGGAUGCUUGCUCCGCGAAGUCUUGGCAGACCCGUCCCUCUCUCAGUACAGCGUCGUGAUACUGGACGAAGUCCAUGAACGCAGUCUGAACACGGACAUCCUUUUGGGUUUAUUAAAGAACGUUUUCUGUAACUCCGCUGGGGCCACCAAGGGGCGGUCUUUUCCCCUUAAAGUGGUGGUGAUGUCGGCCACAUUGGAAACCGACAAGCUGUCAGCUUUUUUCAACAACUGUCCGGUCUUUGAAAUCCCUGGGAGGGUCUUCCCUGUGACGUGCACGUUCGGCUCGGCUGUGGGUCCCAAAGAUGUGGAAAGCUCCUUUUAUGUCAAAGAGGUGGUAAAAGUGGCCCUGGAUGUCCAUACCAGUGAACAGGCUGGGGAUAUUCUGGUGUUUUUGACAGGCCAGUCAGAGAUCGAGCAUGCCUGUGACUUGUUGUUCGACAAAGCUGAAAAUAUUGACUAUCGCUAUGAUGUGCUGGACCGCACCGUGGAGGGGAUCCUCAUUUUACCCCUUUAUGGAUCGAUGCCCACUGAUCAGCAGAGACAGAUCUUUCAGCCGCCGCCUCCGGGAAUCAGAAAGUGUGUGGUAGCCACAAACAUUGCAGCAACAUCCCUCACCAUCAAUGGUAUUAAGUACAUCGUAGACAGCGGCUUCGUGAAGCAGCUCAAUCACAACUCCAGGGUGGGCAUGGACGUGUUGGAGGUUGUGCCAAUUUCAAAGAGCGAGGCUCAGCAGAGAGCGGGCCGAGCUGGGAGAACCUCUGCCGGGAAGUGCUUUCGGAUCUAUACCAAGGAGUUCUGGGAGAAGUGCAUGCCGGAGUAUACGGUUCCUGAGAUCCAGAGGACAAGUCUGACCGCCGUGAUCCUCACGCUGAAGUGCCUCGGUGUUCAUGAUGUUAUCAGGUUUCCUUACCUGGACUGUCCAGAGGAAAGGUUUAUCCUUGAAGCACUAAAGCAGCUCUACCAGUUCGACGCUAUUGACAGGAGAGGCAAAGUGACCAAGCUCGGGGAGCUAAUGGUGGAAUUCCCCCUGCACCCGGGUCUCACCAGGGCUCUGCUUAAAGCCGCCUCCCUGGGCUGCGAAGACCUGCUGCUCCCUGUGGCCGCCAUGCUGUCUGUGGAGAACAUCUUCAUCAGGCCAGGUCAUCCUGACAAGCAGAAAGAGGCGGCUAAGAAGCACAGAGCGCUGGCGGCUACAACCGGCAGCAUGAACGAUUUCGCUACUCUUCUCAGUGUGUUUAACUCCUGCAAGUCCAGUGACAGGCCUUCAGCCUGGUGCAAGGAGAACUGGAUCCAUUGGAGGGCGCUCAAGUCGGCCUUCAGCGUUGAGACUCAGCUCAGAGAGAUUCUCCUCCGCCUCCAGCAGAGGAGAGAUUUUCCUGUUGAAGCCUUUGACGGGAAUAAAAGUGAACUCUUCAGACGGUGCCUGUGUGCAGGAUACUUCACCAAUGUCGCCAGAAGAUCUGUCGGAAAAGUGUUUUGCACGAUGGACGGCCAUGGAUCUAUGGUUCAUAUCCAUCCAUCAUCAUCGUUGUUUGAGCAGGAGGCCGAGCUGAACUGGGUCAUCUUCCAUGAUGUGCUGGUGACCUCAAAGAUGUUCAUCAGGACGGCUUGUCCGAUUCGCUAUGAGUGGGUCAAGGAUUUAUUACCUAAGCUCCAUGAAGUGGACGUGUAUGAGCUGAGCAGUGUGGCAAGACAGGAAGUUACAGAAGACGAGAUGGUGAAAUGGGAGAGCAGGGAAGCAGCCAAAAGACAACAAGAGGGUUCUGCUGAAGAUGCCCUCAAGAAGCUGGAGAAACGCAACAACGAAGCCACAGUGAGCGACGCUCGAGCUCGCUACCUGCAAAGGAAGCAGCAAAGACAGCAAAGUAAAGCUCUCUGACCCAAAGGAGAUGGCUUUUUUUUUGCAGUUAUUUGUAUUUUUUUUAAUCAAU